CGCGGAGCUUCUUCUUACUGUGCCAGUUCCGAGGCGCGCGCGCACCGAGCCGUCGAGCUAUUUGUACUUUUACCCGCAUUUGAAAACCGCGUAAUAUCGUGUUUCGGCAACGCAACUUUAAUUUAAUGAAAAGCUUCGAUGUGCAAUCUCCUAAAAAAUCCACUUUUGCACAAAACUUAUAGCUGUGUUUGUCGUACAGUCCUGCGAGGACAUUCAAACGGAAGGCGCGAGCCGGCGGUUUGACGUGUGUCAACAACGCGAGACAAGAGUUGCGCGGUGUGAUUUUGAUUUUUUCUAAUUUCACAGAUUUCCAAAAUAAUUCGAUUUGGCCCUAAACGCGUUUAAUAACGAUAUAAUUGCAUUUGCAUUUUGUUAGUGAAAGUAGUGGUGAAAGGUAGUGAAAAACCAAGCAUGGCGCAAUUUCUCGAAGAUCCGUCGCAGCUCACUAAAGAGAAGCUGAAGAGUGAGUUGUUGGCCAAUAAUGUUUCUCUGCCCAGCGCUGACAGCAAGAAAGAUGUGUAUGUUCAGCUAUAUCUCAAGAACCUGACCGUUCUCAACAAGAAGAACCUUCCUCCUCCUCCUUCAGACAUGUUCUCCAGUGAUGAAGAGAUUAUAACACCCGUGCUGUCCAACAGAAGCCGAUCGGGGAAGAAAGCCACAAGAAAGACGGACAAAGUUCGUGCUGAGGAGAAUGACAUUUCUGGUCUGACUGAUGAAGAGCUGAAGGAUAAGCUUUUGAAAUACGGGCUGCUCUCUGGUCCGAUUGUUGCAUCCACACGUAGUGUGUACGAGAAAAAGCUUCAGCAGUUUCUUGAUCAGCCUCUGAAAGAGACCAAGCUGCCCGAACCCGAGACCACCAUCCCAGAGGCCGUCACCAUCAAGCCAGACGGAAAUCAAAAUGGAAACACGUAUUCGGCAGAAGAUCAAUACAGUGACAAAGAAGAUGAAGUUCCCAUUCCUGAGCCGAUUCCCAUCUUGAGUAAGCCGGUCCGGAGUAGAGGAAAGACACCGGUCACUACCAGAACCAGCAGCAGACAGCGUACCAAAGUGCAGGUGGAGGAAAAAACAUCUGUGGAUGGAGGAGAUGUUUUAAAAGAAAUUUUUCCAAAUGAACCUGCCACGCCCACUGGAAUAAUGGCCACAUGUCGCAGGCCGAUCCACGGUGCUGCUGGACGUCCAGUGAUGCCUCUGAACCUCCGGUCCGAAGAGAUCAUCCAGCAGCAGAAGGUUUACACAACCACCAAAUCCUUUGUCACGGAUGUACGCAGCGCUCCACCGGCGGCUCCUCGCCCCCGACCACGCAGCUGGUUCUCCAUUUUGUUUAAGCUUCUGCUGUUCAUCCUUCUGGUUGCAUCCGUGUGCUACGCCUACCAGAACGUCACCGCCGAACAGAUCAGCGCCUGUCAGCUCUUUGUGCAGGACAAUGUGAUUACGCCUGUCGUCAAUUAUAUCAGCCGGGAAAGUCGCGGCGAAGGCGGUGACGGAAAAUAAACUUCCUCACUCCUCGACCUGCGCUUCAGCAUGCAUCUACUUUCAGACUGAUUUUCUAGCUCAUCUGCAAGUUUUGGGAAGUUGGGUGGGGGGAUUCUGAUUAUUGCAGUACGACCUAGCGGUAACGUCUGAAUAGAUCUGUGUUUUUAAUAGUCUUUGUGUGCAUCGUGUUUUGAUAUUGCUUUGCGAUUUUACCGUUUUGUAGCAUUCAAUGACGUAGUGUGACGUAGUGUUUGUUCACAAAUGCUUAUUGUGAAUCAUUAGCCACAAGUGUAUGGUGCGUCUCAAUUCAGAAUCACAAAACGAGUUCAGGACGUGUUUUUUUUUUAAGCUUUCAGUAAGUGCCAAGACAUCAUGGCCAGUGCAAGCACGAUUUGAGGCUAUAAUUUUCAACUUUUUCUGAAUAAUCAUGGCGUAGUUGAUUUUAGAGCUGAAUUGAAAUUUAUGAGUGAACACAUGGUUGAGUUUUAUGUAAACAAUUUGUAGCAUUUAAAAAGCUCAAACUACUUUUUCACCAGUUCAGAUCAUUUUAGUUUUAGUACUAGACAUGUAGUCAGUGUCUUUUAUCCAGAACUUGAAAGAAGCCAUGUUUUAUUAAUCUGAAAGCCUUGUGUAGUAAAUAACGCUUCAGCUUUUUAAUGAGAGACGGCCUCAAAUCACGACGACUCGGUUUAAAUGUGUUUGUGAUGUUUUCAUAAUGUGAUGUAAGGUGGCAUUAUUUGCCGAAUGUCCAAACUCAGAAUGAGAAUUGAAUCCACUGAUUCUUUUCUGUUGACUGUAUUUACUCUCAUCUGUGACUGUUUAAACAUUUUUUCGCUUUGAUAAAGUUGUACUAUAAACAUAUUUACUAGAAUGAACUUCUUUUCAGUCGGAAAUACAUUUGUGAUGGGCAUCUUCCAGUCUGAUUUUAUAUUUUGCUAUUAUAUUUCAUUUUACCUGCAAUAUUUUUCUAAUGUCUUCUGUAAAAUUAACAUUUUUGAUGGGGUUAAAGUGGGUUACUUUUAAAUGUACAGAUACUGAAUUCAUAAUUAAAGGGAUAGUUCAUCCAAAAAUAAAAAUCUGUCAUCAUUUACUCACUCCUGUGUUACAAACCGGUAAAAAUUUAUUUGUUCUGAUAAACACAAAGGAUGAUAUUUUGAGGAAUGUUUGUAACCAAACCGUUCGUGACCUCAUUCACUUCCAUAGUAUUCUUUUUUCCUACUAUGGAUGUGAAUGGGGCUUAUGAUUGGUUUGGUUAUGAACAUUCCUCAAAAUGUCUUCCUUCGUGUUUAUCAUAACAAAGAAAUGUAUACAGGUUUAAAACAACAUGUUUUCAUUUUUGGGUGAACUAUCCCUUUAAGUCUGCUGUGUCUCAGGCAGUGGAUGUUAUACAAAUAAAGUCAAAUUUGCACUCCGUAUGCAGGCAGCUAAAUGUGGGGAAAUUGGUUGUUUUUAUUUAUCUUUAAGUCAAUACAGUACAGAUGUGAAAUAAAAGCAUUGAAAUACUGGAGGUGA